AUGUCCGUCGUAUAUGAGCCUCGAAACUUCAUGCACGACGGGUCAUACCCUCCCAUUGGUGAUCCGGACCAUGAUCACAAUGGCGACCCGACCGCGCAGUACCAGGCUACCGACGUUCCGGAGCUUGCCUCCUACAACCCUACACCCUCGAUGCUUACGGACGACCGUUCACUGAUGCCAGAUGGGCUCGGCGACGACCCCGUGGGUGUUCCGGACCCCACUCGACUCGAUCUCUCCGCGCCGCCGACGCUCGCUUCUCUCCCGUCGAAUCUGCCGCCUGCCCUUCCCGAGCCUCUGCCUUCGAACAACACCAUGCCCCACAAGGAAGAGGCCGAGGCCUCAACUCCCUCGUCGAGGGUUAAGUGUAUACCCAAGCCUGAGCGUGAAGUUACGAAGCAACCGGAUGGCAAGUUCUAUUGCACGUUCCCGGGAUGCACAGAGGAGACACAGGUCUUCACGCGGAAGUGCGAAUGGAGCAAACACAUGGACAAGCACGAGCGACCCUACCGAUGCGCCGCCGAAGGCUGUGAAAAGCUCCCUGGUUUCACCUACUCAGGCGGUCUCCUCCGACACGAGCGCGAAGUACACGGCAAGCACGGCGGACCCAAAAAUACUGUUAACUGUCCGCAUCCCAACUGCAAGCGUCAUACUGGCAAGGGUUUCUCACGCCAGGAGAAUCUCAACGAGCAUCUCCGCCGUGUCCACACCAGUGACGGCUCCAGCACUGUCCAUGAAGACAUUCAAACAGGCAGCGAUGGUGAUAGCGAAAAGGGUCUAAUGAACAGUCUUGUCGGCCUGGGCGGCGGCAGCAAUAAGCGCAAGCGCUCUCGCAAGAGCUCGGACGCCGGCUUGGAUGAGCUGCGUGAGGAGAUCAAGCGCGUGCGACUGGAGAAUGAGGAGCUCCGUCAGCAGCUGGAGAGACAGGGUCAGCACAGCUUCGCCAUGAUGACGCAGAUCGCUGAGCUGCAGGAUGCGCUGCGGACGAAUCUUGACGGUACUGGUCUUGGCGCUCCCACUGCCACGAUGCUGUAG